AAAAAAAAUAUGGCCGGGUGGGCAGAUCUGUGCUUCAUUUAUGAAGUCGAUUGAUUCCUGCCCUGCCACAUGGCCUUCGCUUCCUCUGCUUGCUUCAACCACGUCCCUCUCCCAGUGUCGUCGUUGAAAUUCCCGUGGUCAAGCCCAGAAUAUUCUCCCAUCCCCUCCCAAAAAGUCGGAGCCUCUACAGACACCGCCCAUCAUGACGGGAGACCACGAACACGGCCACCAUCCUGCCCAUCUGAAGCACAGCCAUGCUCACGAAGAGGCAAUUCCUGGAACCGUCAACUUGCAAGCUCAAGAGGGCGAUGAUACCGGCUACGGACAAGCUCUGUUCCCUGUGCCAGCAGACGACCCCAACGACCCGCUACAAUGGGGCAACUUCAAGAAGACAAUGAUUCUGUGCAUCUGCGCUGCGUAUUCGUUCCUGGGAAACUCGUCGUUGCUCGGUCCCUCGGUCUACAUUGGCAUUUACGCUGAAUCAUUCGGGAUUGACCCCAAUAAGGCUUCAAACCUGAUCUCAUACCCCAACCUGGCCUAUGGCUUUGGCUCUUUGCUUCUGGUCCCCGCCUAUCUCAAAUUUGGCCGACGACCUGUUAUGCUCAUCUCCAUUAUCUUUUUCGCCGCUGGCCUGAUCGGCUGUUCGCAAUGCGACUCAUACGGCACUUUGAUGGCUUGCCGUAUAAUCCAUGCAUUUGGCUCUGGAGUAUGCGAGGCACUACCCGUGCAGCUAGUCAACGACAUCUUUUUCCUGCACGAGCGUGGUCAACGGCUGGGCUACUACACUGUUUGCCUGUGCUUGGGUGCCACUGGACCCUUAUACGCCGGCUACAUGCUUGCGGGCGGCUAUUCGUGGCGGCUGUUCUUCUACGUCGAGUUCGCAUUCGCAUGCGCUCUGUUCAUCCUGGCUUUCUUCUUCGUCGAGGAGACUUGGUAUAAGCGCGAGGAGAUGAAGAGAAUACUCGGAGCCUCCGUUGAGGCUUCUCCGACCGAGAAAGGCGUCGAGGCUGACUUGCACGAGGUCACAAGCCCUGCGCCAGUCAGGAAGUCGUUCGUUUCUACGCUCAAGCCGUGGGGCGUGUACGAUCGCGAUGUCUCGUUCUUCAUGACUGCGGCUCGAUCGUUCACAUACUACGCCGUACCGUCUGUGUUCUGGGUGGUCUCGACCUAUGGUAUCUACAUUGGUUUGGGGGCUUUGGCAUUCAACUACACUUUCCCUGCCAAGAUUGUUGCUCCUCCUUACAAUUGGAGUCAGACUAAUUCCGGCUUGAUCGCUGUUGGUAAUGCCGUGGGCUACAUUCUCGCCAUUCCCUUCACCACCUCCUCCGACCGACUAGCCGCGUAUCUGACCAAGAAGAACAACGGGAUCCGCGAGGCCGAAAUGCGUCUGGGCGUCCUCCUCCCGGCCAUGCUGAUUGGGCCCGCCGGCCUGAUCGUCUACGGCUACACGGCGCAGGACAACCUGCACUGGAUCGGCUACUUUGCGGGCGUGGCCAUGUGCAACUGGUCGGCGUACUUCUACUUCACCUUCACUCUGGCCUACGCGGUCGAUAGCUACACGGUCAACCUGUCCGAGAUGCUCAUCGCCAUGAACCUCGGCAAGCAGGCCAUCUCGUUCGGCUUCGGCUUCAAGAUCCUCGACUGGAUCCUCGAGAGCGGCUACGUCACCAUCAUCGCCGGCGUCUUCUGCGGCGUCCUCAUGGCCAACGACCUCAUGCUCAUCGUCUUCAUGCUGUUCGGAAAGAAGAUCCGCAUCGCCACCAGCAAGACCUGGCUGGCCCAGAUGCAUCGCCAGACCCAUGUCGUGGGAGAAUCUCAUUAAAGCAAAGAAAACACCAAAACUAAGAGGGUAUUGGAAGGGGGAGGGAAAACGAGAACCAUUCGAACAUCAGCUGCAUGCUACAACUACUCUCAUGCGGCGCGCCGGGCUCUUUGUGUUCGCCCGAUCUUUAGCCUGCUCGCUGUCUUGUCUCCAUAUUGACAUGUCUUCUAUACAGGGCAUCUUUGUCGAACAUUCCCGGCAAUGCUUCCUUAUUCUGUUGGAUGUUAUAGCAACGGACCCCAGGACGAGGCCAGUGAAUUUGAUGUGAUUUCCUUGGCUAUAAUGUGCCGGUCCGGCAGUGAAGAAGGUAGUGUUCACACACUGAGAAAUGGGA